ACUUAACAAACCUUAACUACCAAACAUACAUUAUUAAACAAACGGUUCUCCCUGCACCUAACAACCUUAAUCAACACCUCUACUUCCGUCCGCCCUCAUGAAUAUUCCGGUGAACGAUUUCUCCUUAUCUGCACGGAAUGUUCGUGUUCCCGUUCAUCGUCGCCACGUCUUCCACGAAACAUUCUGACCGUAAAAAUUAGCAAAAAUCUUGUUAGAAUUUUCGGUUGCAUUUAACACUGACUUUGUAUAUUUUGCGUAAUUAAUCAACUUAAUCUUGUUAUAUUUUUUAUCAACGUAUCAUUUUUAUCGUUUUGUUAUUUAGUGAACUGAGUACUCGUUCAGACCAUAGUUACUACACUAGUUACCUUGUGUUUAUUGCAUCUGUUGAAAGUUUUUGAGACAAGUUAGACUGAUGCCUCCGAUGAAGAUUCAGCCAAUUGAUUUCGAGACAUCAGGGGAAUUGCUGGUCCCUGUUGAAGCCGCGACUAAGGCUGUGGUGAAAUCCCGGUUCAAGAGGCUUUUUGAUCUGCAGUUUCCAAAUGUUCGUCGAAUUUCAGUAGACAAGCCAACAGCCUGUGCCACUGAAGUGUUUGGCAAAGAAGCGGAGAUCUUCGAGCCAAGCUCUGUUUGCUUGGCGAAAAUGGUCCAGAAUUUUAUUGAGGAGAGUAACGAGAAACAUAGUACUCAGAAAUGUGGGCGCAACCGCUGCAACUGUUUUAACGGAAACAGCAAUGAUAGUUCUGAUGAGGAGUUUGAUACCGGCUUUGGUGAUUCUAUACCUACUGCUUGGUAUGGUGAUUUUUCCGAUACUAUCAAGAAUUUGAUUCAGUGUGCUAGCGUUGCUGAGAGAAAUUUGUUAGCCGAUACUUCAAAAAUCAUUGAAACAAAUAAAAUUUGCAAGAGAAAAGAUGAUUUGAUUACGGUUGUUACAGAUGGAUUGUUGUUCCUAGGCUAUGAUGCCUCGAUUUGUAAAUCGCGAUGGGAAAAAUCUCCUUCUUAUCCUGCUGGGGAAUAUGAGUACAUAGAUGUGAUUGCGGAGGGAGAAAGAGUGUUAAUCGAUAUAGAUUUCAGAUCGGAGUUUGAAAUAGCUAGGCCAACCGGAAACUACAGAACAGUACUUCAGAAUCUGCCAUAUAUUUUUGUAGGCAGGAGUGAUCGUCUACAACAAGUAGUUCAAAUUGUGUCCGAGGCAGCUAAACAGAGCUUGAAAAAGAAAGGAAUGCACAUUCCGCCUUGGCGAAAAUUCGAGUACAUGAGAGCCAAAUGGCUCUCUGCUCACACCAGAACUACAAGUCCGCCAAAAGAAGUUAAGGAGUUUGAAAAUUUAGAGAAUAAUGAUCAGUGUUGUGUAAAUUGUGAUUGUGAUCAGAAUUUGGUUUCUUUGCCUGAGAAUGUGUCCGUUUGUGACGAGAAAAUUCCGGCAAUGAAGUUACCAUGGCAGCCUCCGGCAGUUAAACCGAAGAUCUGUGAUAGAGGAGGAAAGGCUGUUGUUACUGGAUUAGCUUCACUCUUCAAGGAGAAAGCUUGAAAUUUUUGGAUUUUUUUUAUUUUUAGCCUUUUUGUUUGUUACUAUUUGCUGUUGAAUAAAUAGUAAACAAAUUAUACCUAGUUGUACAAAUUAAGCAAGCUUUCUCAUCUGAUCUUCUGAUCCUUACAUAUCA